UGUUUAAGUAGUCCCUUCCUCCCACCAAACACACCCAUUUGACUUUACCUCUCAAACUCUCCAUUCCAUUCCUUCAGUUAACAGCAAAGACCCAUUCUUUUACAACCGAGUCGACUCACCUCACUCACUCGCCGCCUUCUCUCCCUACAAAAACAAGAAAGUUUUCGUCUUUAUUAAUACCCUUUUGUUUCAAUUCUUGAAUAUUUCAAUAAUAUGCCUGAAAUGGUAGCGCCGGCUGCAAGAAAGUUUCUGUUAAAUUCAAGAACUGAUUGGAUAUUUGCAAAGUACAGUCCUUUUUUUGUCAGUUUAGCUUCUGGGGAUUUGGAUACUGACUCGUUCGUUCUUUAUAUCUCUCAAGAUCUUCACUUUCUUCAAUCUUUUUCCCAUGCGUAUGAACUGGCGGAAGAAUGUGCAGAUGAUGAUGAAGACAAGGAUGCCAUUCGCAAGUUGAGAAAACGCGUGAAAGGCCAUCUUAACAACUACCAUGCUCUUGUCCGUGAAUGGGGUUUUGAACUUCCAGCAGAGAUCACCCCCUCCAUGGCCACUCUCAAAUAUACUGAUUUUUUGUUGGCAACAGCGUCCGGUAAAGUUGAAGCAGAAAAAGUUCCUUGUAAAAUUGUAACUCCUUUUGAGAGGGUAAAGCUUGCUGCUUAUACACUUAGUGCUAUGGCACCAUUCAUGAGGCUCCGUUCCUUUAUUUGUAAAGAAAUACAGUCUCUUCUUGAUCCUGAUGAUAACAAGUGCAUUUACAGAAAGUGGAUUGAUAAUUAUUGCUCUGAUAGCUUUGAGGCAUCAACUGUGCAAAUAGAGGAAGUGCUCGAUAGGCUAAGCAUUUCUUUGACUAGUGAAGAACUUGAGGUCUUGGAAAAGCUAUAUCUUCAGGCUAUGAAACUUAAAGUAGAUUUUUUCUGUACUCAACCCAUUGUCCAGCAAACCAUAGUGCCUUUGUCUCGGGUGAAAACAAUUGCUGAUUCCCACAUCACCAUAUUCUGCGAUUUUGACAUGACAUGCACAACUGUUGAUUCAGCAGCCAUUUUAGCUGAGCUUGUAAUAUUAACAGCACCAAAGGCUGACGUCAAUGGAUCUGAAACCAAGCUCGCUCGGAUGUCAUCAGCUGAUUUGAGGAGCACAUGGGGCGUUCUUUCUGCACAGUAUGUGGAAGAACAUGAUCAAUGCAUAGAAAGCAUAAUGCCUCGUGAAACAGCAAAAGGAUUUGAUUAUGAAGGUCUCUAUAAAGCUCUUGAACAACUUGCAGAGUUUGAAAGAAGGGCAAAUGCAAGAGUCGUUCAGUCUGGAGUUUUGAAGGGCAUAAAUCUAGAGGAUACUAAAAAAGCUGGUCAACAACUGGUUUUUCAGGAUGGUUGUAAAGGGUUUUUCCAGAAGAUUGUCCGAGACGAAAAUCUGAAAACUGACCUUCAUGUCCUUUCCUAUGCUUGGUGUGGGGAUCUCAUUAGAUCCGCCUUCUCAUCAGGGAAUCUGAAUGCUGUGCAAGUACAUUCAAAUGAAUUGGUAUACAACGAAACUGUUACAACGGGUGAUAUUAAGAUGAUAGUAGAAUGCCCAACAGAAAAGCUUCAAACUUUCAGCAGUGUCUUAGCAAAGCAAAGCAAAAACGCUCGCCAGCAUUUGACGAUCUACAUUGGAGGUUCGCUUGGGGACUUACUUUGCCUGCUCAAAGCAGAUAUAGGAAUUGUGAUUGGUUCAAGCCCAAGCUUAAGGAGACUAGGAAUUCAGUUUGGCAUCUCAUUUGUACCGCUAUUCUCCGGUGUGGUAAAGAAGCAGAAAGAACUCGUCGAAGGUACAUCUCACCCCUGGAACCGCGUUCCGGGUGUUCUAUAUACAGUCUCUAGCUGGUCUGAGAUACAUGCAUUCAUUCUGGGGUUAUAAAUUAUGAUAGCACCCAUUAUUUUUUCCAUUCUCUUAGAAUAAACACACAGGGAAAUGCAUAUAACUACAAGAUUAGAUUUAGAGUAUAUGGUGGCUAAGUUUUUACUAUAGAGCCACAGGCUAGCCCUUUUGUUUUCAAAUAGGGACUGCCAUUCAGAACUACUUACAAACAAGAGCCCUUUUUUUAUGUUUUGGAAAAUCUUGUUGGUGAUGAGGUUCAAAAGUUGUUCUUCAAGUAGGAAGAUGGCAUGGCAGACACCAUUAACUUUUCUUUGAAGGAGGUGAAGUUGUCAUUGAUCAUUUGUUUUUUGUAAUUGUAUAUUUUGGUUUGAUGCCAAGAACUUACAUAUGCUUCUAAUUGUUUGAUUUUUUUUUUCUCACUGUUUCUUGAUUUUAUCUAAAAAAAAUAUACGGAAAAAUAAUGAAAAAUUUAUGGUUUGUUGUCAA